AAGUUUCACAAGUCAAAUAUAAUUUUAAAAAUUUUAAAGGACAAAAAACAAUCUAUGUACUAAAUUUAAAAUUUUUUAACAGUUGAGGGGGUGAUGGAAAUCAAGACGACAGCAUAUCUACUAUGUCAUGUGAUCCAUUACACACCUAAGGAGGUCCAGUCAUGCGAGUUAGAGCUAAGAAGAUGCGUGAAGCUUUAAAUGGCCUUAUUGAGCAGAUCUGGGUUGAAAACAACAUACAACAAGCAAAUCGAAGCUUUGAUGAUUAUCAAGGCAGGCAUUAUGUUGAAUUAGAGGAUAUGGUGCACAUGGCAAUGAAAGUAGAAAGGCAACUCAAGCGUACAGGUGCCACCACCAGAGCUGGGCAAAAUCCAGGUUCCUCAUUUUCUUGGAAACCAAAUUGGAGCAAAAAGGAAGAAAAUUCUGCUUUUAAGCCUAAAACUUCAGCAUCUAAGUCAAAAGACGUUGGCAGCAGUGAAAAGAGUAAAACUAAUAAUAUGCAAGGUAGAAACCGAGACAUUAAGUGUUUUCGAUGCUUGGGAAGAGGGCAUAUUGUAUCGCAAUGCCCUAAUAAGCACACGAUGAUCUUGAAAGAGGAUGGAGAAAUUGAAACAGAGGAUGAAUCUGAUGAUGACUCUAUGCCAUCAUUGGAAGAUACUAAUGAUGGCAUGGAAUAUGCUGUUGAUGGAGAACGACUUGUCACUAAGCGUGCUUUAAAUGUGCAAGCCAAAGAAGAUGAUGAAGUACAACGCGACAACAUAUUUCACACGAGGUGCCAUAUCAAAAAUAAGCAUCCAAAGCCAUAUAAGCUACCAUGGUUAGAUGAUUGUGGAGAAAUUAAGGUAAAUAAGCAAGUUUUGGUUUCAUUCUCUAUUGUACGAUAUAAGGAUGAGGUACUGUGCGACGUGGUUUCCAUGCAUGCUGGACAUUUACUUUUGGGGAGACCAUGGCAAUAUGAUAGGAGAAUAACACAUGACGGCUUUAAAAAUCGCUCUUCAUUCAUCAUGGAAAGGAAAACAAUUACUCUUGUGCCGUUGAGUCCAAGGCAGGUUUAUGAGGAUCAACUAAGACUAAAAAAAGAGAGUAAGCUGAGAAAAGAUAGUGAGCUUGAGGGUAUGAAAAACAGAGAGAAAAUAGCAGAAAAAGAGUUAAAAAAGAGAGAAAAGAUCGAGAGUGUUGAAAACAAAGAGAGAAAAUCAGUGAGUGUUUAUGCAAAAGAAAGUGAUGUCAAGGUUGCGUUCUUUGCAAAACAGCCUAUGUUUGUGCUUCUGUAUAAAGAUACUUAUUUCAACACUAACGAACUUAAUGAUUCUUUACCUAGUGCUGUUAAAUCUCUUUUGCAGGACUUCAAGGAUGUGUUUCCAGAUGACGUUCCUAAUGGUUUACCACCAAUAAGAGGAAUCUAGCAUCAAAUGGACUUCAUUCAUGCUACAACAAUUCCAAACCAACUAGCAUAUCGAAGCAAUCCCAAUGAGACGAAAGAACUUCAAUGGCAAGUUGAAGAAACUCAUGAAAAAGGG